AUGUCUAAGUGGAAUGAAGUUACUAAACAUUUCCGAGCAGGGAUGCCAUUAAGGAAACACAGGCAACAUUUCAAAAAACAUGGAAGUUGUUUUACUGCAUCAGAAGCAGUAGACUGGCUUCAUGACGUAUUGAAGAAUAAUAGUAACUUUGGUCCAGAAGUUACUAGGCAACAGACCAUUCAGUUAUUAAGAAAGUUUCUCAAGAAUCAUGUAAUUGAGGAUAUAAAAGGCAGAUGGGGAUCGGAAAAUUUAGAAGAUAAUGGUGGCCUGUACAGGUUUCCUUCAACCUCUCCACUUAAACCUCUACCAACCUGGUGUCCAUCAAAACAGAACUCAGAAAACUUCUCUAGAGACAAAGAAAAACUUCUCAAAUUGCCACACUUAUCCAGGAGAACUCUUAAAAAACAUGAAUUACUGAAGUCUCUGGAAAAUUUAGAAAAAACAGAACCAGAUAUAAUAAAGGAAAACAAGGAAGGUGCCCUGCACAGGAAGGAAAUAAGCCAGGAAUAUGUACAAGAAAUUUGGAGAAAUAUCAUUCUGAUACAUUUGCAAACCAUUUUAGGCCUCCCAUCUUUGGAAGAAGUUCUGCGGCCGUCACAGAUAAUUCCUGAGUACGUCAUAUACAAUAUGACUAACAUAAGUAAACAUGGUGUUGUUAUUUUGCAGAACAAAUCAGAAGACCUCCCUCACUGGGUGUUAUCAGCUAUGAAAUGCCUCGCCUACUGGCCUAGAAAUAAUGACAUGAGCCAGCCAAUGUACAGUGGGUUUGAACGAGAUGUAUUCAGAACAGUUGCUGAUUACUUUCUCAGUCUCCCUGAACCAUUACUUACUUUUGAGUACUAUGAACUUUUUGUGAAUAUUUUAGUUAUAUGUGGCUACAUCACAAUUCCAGAUAUAUGCAAUGGGAAACAUUCUGUCCAAGAUGAGACAUGUAAUCUACAAUCUUCAAAAAUUCUGCACUUGAACUCUUUUAAGUCAACUGAAUGUCUUCUUCUAAGCCUACUUCACAAAGACCCUGAGAAAAAAAAGAAAGAAUAUGAAACUUCCAGGAAGUCUUCUGCAGAAGAGCUAACCGUUCAGAAGGGAUGUGCAAAGAAAUUGUAUCCACAGAAACUGACAUGUAAACAAGGCAGCGUUGAUAAUUUAAUAGGAGGAAGUUGUCAAAAUCUUUCUGGUUUAAAGAGCGAACAGGAUUUACCCCUAAAAUUUAGGACGAGAUGUUACUCUUUGGAAAGAAUUGGAGAUGCUACCUCAAGCUUAUGUAAUAAAGGAGAAUCACAUUCCUCCAGGCAAACUGAUGUGAACGUAGUCUUGGGCACUAGAAAUGAAAACCGACCACUACUCUGUGAAUGUAAAAAUAAAUCUAUGUUGGAACUUGACCUGGAUAAUAUGUGUCAAAAUCAAACUUGUAAUCAGACAGUGUCCACGUCAACUAUUCAGGAUAAAGAGCUAUUUAGUGAAAAUCACCAGUUGAAGCAAAUAUGCAGAUCUCGGAGUUUGCUUGUCAAAAGAAACUCCAAAAGUUGUGCUAGCAUUAAUAUACCAGUUGCUGAAAUCACUGUAAAACCAAGGUCUGGACUUUGUGGGCAAAGAAAUCCAAGUACCUCUGGUGUGGCUGCUUCAGUGGAGAUCAAGACAAAGGUUUCUGAUAUCACCAUCAAUAAAAGACUCUGCAAAAGUACCACAGAACUUUCAGAAUAUUCUUGCACUCAUGAUUCUUAUGUGUUGACUGCCACGCAAAAUCUCCUUCAGCCUCAUUUAGAAAGGAUUGCUAUUGAAGCACUACAGAUAUGCUGUUUAUUGCUUCCACCUCCAAAUCGUAGAAAGAUUCAGCUCCUGAUGCGUAUGAUCUCUCGGAUCAGUGAAAACGUUGAUAUGCCACAACUGCAUGAUGCAAUGGGCACGCGUUCUUUGAUGAUACAGACUUUUUCUCGAUGUGUGUUAUGCUGUGCAGAAGAGGUAGAUCUUGAUGAGCUACUUUCUACACGAUUAGUUUCAUUUCUAAUGGACCAUCAACAAGAAGUAUUUAAAGUACCAACUUACCUGCAGGUUGCAGUGCAAGAUCACAUAGAAUAUAUGAAGAUCGCCCAGUGCAAAUAUCCAAGGGAAGAAAUCUGUGCCAUAUUGCCCACAUAUUCAUACUGUAAACAAAUAACUCCUCAGGAGUUUGAAGAACAAAAGCUGUCUACCUCUCAAGCUGCAGUGGCAGACCUCUUGGAGAACAUUAUCAAAGAUAGGAACUUGUCUCUGAAAGACAAAAAGAAGAAGUUAAAACAGUUUCAGAAGGAAUAUCCUCUGAUCUACCGGAACAGAUUUCCUACUACAGAAAAUGAGGCUAUGCUAUUUGAGAGCAAACCUACCAUCAAACAACCAAUGCUUAGCCUAAGAAAACCAAAAUUUCGUAGCCUAAGAUACUAAUUUAACCACAUUUCAGUCAUAUAUUUAAUGGAUGUUUGAAUGGUUUACCAAAGGGCAAUCGCUAUGGAAAUUUGAUGGUGGUUGUGUAUGUUGAAGGAAUAAAUGUUUACAUGGACACUAUACUGAAGGUGCCAAAAUAACACUUUUCUGGAAAUAACUUUUAAAUGACUACAGAGAGAAAUAAAUAUUUAUAUGUUUACAAAUUAUUCAAUAUAUUGUUCUUCAGUAAAAUAAAUGUGAAACCAAGCUUGAAGCUAUUAGUAACCAAAAGUUUAUAUAUGGUUUUCGUAUGGGGAAACUGAUGAUAUGCAUAUAAUAGUAACUUUUUUUUAAGGUCUGUUCUGGAAUUUAUGCUAUAUAAUUUGAGUAGGCUUUUAAUUGUUUUUAUGUCCUGAAUAAGUGCCUUCCUUGAGUUUUCAAAAUACUUGUCUUUAAACAAAACAGUGUUCUUUGAGGUUGGGACUAAUUAAAAAGUUGGUUCUGUUGUCUCCAAGGGAGCCAGAAAUUGCCAUAUAAAUGUGAUUGUCUAACUCCAUAAAAUAUUUAUGUUCAUCUCCU